AUGCCGAAUUUCGACUGUCCGCCUCAAGGCCCUGUGGCCGUGGGGCGGAUCCUCACUGACCCGUUUAACCCCGAGAGUGGCAUCAACGCGUCCUGCCUGAAUCCUCCAAACCUGCUCCGGUCCGAAAAGACCGGAUUUGAGACUCUGAUCAGCAAAGAGUCGAGCGGCAAGUUUGGGCUGUGGACGCAGUUCCUGAGUCUUUCUCCUCUGGGCGGCGAGGCAGGGUUCGACCACGACAGAUCCGAGAGCUCCUAUAUGUAUGUUGCACGGCUCGAGACACAAUAUUUUGUCCCGACUUUGGACUUCAUCGAGCAGAGUCUUCGACAGCCUGAUAUCUCCCAGACGCUGUCGCGGCAAAAGUAUGCGAAGAACCUAUACAUGAUCACAGGGGUCAAGACGGCUGUUGGGGCCCGCAUGAGGGCUCUGUCCUCUAACGGCAACGGCGGAACGUUCAAGGUCGGGGCCGAUCUUACAACUCUUGGGGUUCCAGUGCAGGUUGGACCAAUUCUGGAGCACGCGCAUAUUCAUGGUGAAGCAGCGGCGUUUGAAGACUCGACGGACUUUGUGUUUGCCUACCGGCUAAGGGAGAUCUACUACAGCCAGAAACACGGCGUGCGCGAGAUUCGGGACUACACCAAGGGAGCUGCGUAUGGAUUGGAUGAUGAUAGAACACCGGAGACAAAGGAUGUGAAUCAUUCCAUGCUGGAUGAUUUUGAGGUCCAGGGAGUGGCCGAAGAAGACCUGGGGCAAGAGGAUCUUCGGCAGGAUGCACGCACAGCCGUGGAUGAUGAGGAUGAUGGGCUGUGUGAAUACGUCUGUGUUGAUCAAUAG